GCCUCCGUCCAACUUUCAGUGCGAAGCAGAAAUUAUUGGAUUGAGCAUUGAACAUCGAAGCCUAUGACGUCUGUCAUCUGAAGCAUAGUAAUUAGUACGUAGUUACUGCCGUAGUUAUUACGCAAAAUUGCAGUUUAUUCAAUCGAUUCAAGAUUUGAGUUAUAAUCCUAUAUGUUUUUAACGAAAAAAAAUCAAGCAUUAUAUCCAUCUAAUUUCAGCCAACUGAGCCCAAGUGCAUUUGCAUACUACCUAGUCAAGUGGUGUUUUGACGAAAAAGUAUAUGACAUUGAGAAUUAGUUAUCUUAUUUUAAAUCGGAAUAAAGAAUUGCUGAGUAAAUCAGAGGUAUAGCAUUGUAAAUUAGUGACUACCAGCAAUCAGCAUGAAAUCCAAACCACUGGUAGUGGUGCUGGUUUGUCUACCUUUAUUUUUGUUCAAUUCAGUUGAUGCUUGGUUAGGAGAAAGUUCUGUCACUAAAGUUCUGCUAAAAGAUGUGCAGGCACUUACUCUUUAUGCUGGCAAAAUGACCAAUGGACGUCGAUCAGCUGCAGUUCCUCAGUUGGAGUGUGUAACAGGAGGAAGUGCACCCUGCAGCACCUUCAAGCCUCGUGUUGUGCAGUGCACAAACAAAGGCUUUGAUGGCAUUGAUGUGCAGUGGGAGUGUAAAACUGAUAUGGAUGGCAAUGUCAGGUUUGGCCACAUAGACGUAUCAUGUGAAGGCUAUGACUAUCCAGAAGAUCCUUAUAUCCUUGCGGGGUCUUGUGGCCUGCGAUAUAGUCUGGACUACACCAGAGACGGUAGUAAGCAAGGACAUGACUAUGGGUAUGGGCCGAACGAACAUUCAGCUGGUGGAGGGUCUUAUGGCUGGAAAGAUGACCUCUAUGGGGGAACCAAGACUGCUCAGUCGCGCAGCUUCACAAGUGGCUUUGCUGACUUGAUUGCUUACUGUGCUAUGGGACUCAUGGCCUGGGCCUUCUACAAGACCUGCAUCAGCCCUCCGAGGGGCACUGUUGGUGAUCGCUCGGACUCUACCACCAAUGAUGACUACCCUGCUGGUGGGGGAGGAGGUUAUGGGUGGAACCUUGGUGGUGGAGGUGGUUUGGGGGGAACUGGAGGUGCUGGUGGUCACUACCAAGGUUACGAUGACGCCUCUUGCCACGCUAGGAGGAACGCAGGAGGUGGUGGAGGAGGAGGAGGUUUCUGGACAGGAGCCGCUGCUGGAGGUCUUCUUGGGUACAUGCUAGGGGGUAACCGCCAAGGAGGUGGCCAUUACAAUAGGGGUUACAACAGAGGCUGGUUUGGAGGUGGUGGUGGUGGAGGGUUUAAUACAGGGGGUGGUGGCUGGGGAGGUGGAGGAUCAGGUUUUGGUGGAGGAUCUGGCACCAGGACCGCUUCAGGGUUUGGUGGAACUUCUCGGCGAUGAAAUUCUUGAACUGAAACUUUAGUUACGAACUGUCAAUAGUUUGUCACUCCUUCAUUUGUGAUGUUUUCUUCUCAUGGUUACAGAGAUGAGUAAAGCUUAGAUUUUUUUAGUAUUCUAUCACUGGCCCUUGUGUUCAAAUCUGUAAGCAUUUCUUUUUUUAAACUCAUUUUUCAUCAAAAUCCUGUAAUUUUUAUGUAAUAAAAAUAGCUUUGGAUUUGAAAGGUGUUACAGCAAUAGUCCUUUUGGCCGACUUGCUCUACAUUUUGUGUUGAUUUGGGAAAUUUUAAUGCAUGUAUAUAUUGUUUUGAUUGAACUAUAAUGACAUUUAUUUCUGCUGAAAACUAUUACCAUGUAUGUAUUGGAAGAUGAAUUUAAAUAUAUUCUACAAAAAACUUUAUUUUUGUUAUGAGAUGGAAGAAAACGUACUCAUUUUGCUCGGCAGUUUGAUGUCAAAUAAAAUCGAUUUCCAAGCAAUUAGAAGGUUCGUCUAAUACUUAUAUGUAUCGCUAUAAUCAUAAUAGGCUUUUGAGGAAUAAUUCAAAUAAAUUAAAUUAUAUAUCUUAUUGAAAAAAAGAGAAUCGUGCGAAAAACUUUUUGUCGGGAAAUGAGGUAUUGCUAAUUUACUGCAAAUAGGAUGGUUUUGCUGAAUAUUUUUUCAGGCACGAGUGAUGCGCGAUUAACAAACUUUGCUCUAGUCACAUCGUUUCCACUUAUUCAGGUCUGGUUUUAUUGAUCAGUUAUGAUCAUGAGUCUUGCUUACAUUUGUCCAAUAUUACUUUUAUAAAUGGUCCAGGGAUGGUGUUUAUUCGACGAUCCAAACAUUUAUUAAUGAACUCGUUUUUUGUCCAUUACUCAGUAACCAGCUUGACUUAAUACAAUGCUAGGGAAUAUAAAGUUUCGUUCACAAGUGUACUGAUUUUAAUGUUCAGGCUCCCACUAUAUUGUAUUUCAUGAACGUGAUUGUAUUUAUUCAUGGCAAGUUCAUUGCAUGUAUAACGCUUGAUGGAACAACAAUCCUCUUUUACUUAUUAAUUUGUCGAAAUGUGAGUGUUUCUGAUCAACACGUGUCCUUCUUUAAUAGAUGUGUAGAUGAUAGCUCGCUUAUUACCCAACAAAUAGAAUGUAUAGAUUCAAAUUAUGUUCAUUGCGGAUAAACAAAGAGGAAGUGAAUCACUGCGAUUGAUCAUAUUUGUAAAGUGUGAAUGUUUUGAUGAAAUUAGGUUUAUUUCGAUCACCGAUAUUGUAUCGUUUGUACCCAUCACAGUGUAUUAUUGUACUUGUAUUUAUCACUUGAAAUAAAUUUUUUCAAAUUUAAAGCUU